UCAGUCCACAUGCCACCGGCAUUCAAUCGAGACAUACAACAAUUCAACUCGAUCGUCAGACUCCGUCCAUUGUUCUUCGCGCGUGACCUUGCACUUCUUUCCAGAAACCAAGCAUGCACAAACCAUGAAUAGGUUAAAACUGCUUCUGUCGACGCUCUUUCUGUUGGUUAUUCUACAGAACCCCAUCGAAACCGAAGCACAGCGGCCACUGAUCGUUCAACCGGCGCACACACUUCCGAGCAACCAGAAGCCCCACGACGGCCAAAAUGUCCCGCCCAAGAAGUCUACCCCCAAGCCUACCAGCAAACCAACUCCCAAACCGCAUCAGGCCGACGUGAUCAAAGACCUCCGCGAUCGUCUACUGACCGAAAAAGACACCCCGGAGGACAUGGUCCAGCACGUCCGGGAUAGCUCGUUCCGGAACGCCUUCCACGAGGCAAUCGAUCAGAAGAUUGUCGGUCAAAGCUUCAUUCGCACGCUGGCUGCCGUCAGCCAACCACUGGUCAAUGAUUACGGCCGAGACACGUUGUUGAUCGACUCGAUUCGGGAGGAUUUGAACUUCACGUUCGGCCCCAACGUGACCUGGUGGGAAACGCUGGAGCUGAAGAAGAACGAACAGCACGUCAUCGUCGGGCUGAGCAACACCAGUAUUUUGAUCCUGUUCGAACACUUUGGGGAGUACAAGCUGCAGCAGGAGUUCCCACUGGAAACGCAACCCACGGCAUUUGAGAUUAUCACGGUGUGGGACUCGGUGGCGGAAAUUCCCGUCAGCUGUUUGAUCGUUUCGACAGAGUUGCAGCUGAUUUGGUACACUAUGCGACCGGAUACGAAUUUUGUCCUGACGGAGGAGUGGCGAUGGCCGCUCUACAAGAUGACGACGUUAAUUCGGGCAUUCAAAUACCGGGACAUCCAUAUGAUCUUGCUGAUUGGGAUUCAUCCCAAUAAGCACAAGUCCGUUUCGGCUACGCUGUACGAGUUCAACUUUGAACGGCAGCAGUUUUGGUUGCUGCAACGACUUGAUCUCGCGUACCCUUGCUAUACCGUUGGGCUGGUUAGGGUCGGUAAAGAAUUUCUAGUAGCGUUUCCUCAGAACGAUACGGCCAUGAUCUACACGCUGGAAGCCGGCGAAAAGUACCGAGGAAGAUUCAACUCGAUAGCAAACUACACAUCGGAGAUGGUCAACACUGUGGGGGCCUUCCAAGUUGGACGGUACGCCUACAUAGCGAUCGGUGGAAGAUCACCGCGGAUCGUCCAGUAUGCCAACGGUGUCUUCACCUCCCAACGGAUCCCAACGGAAACGUUGGAAACGGUUGAAGCCUACUUUGAAAUACCCGCUCCAACCUACCGGGACGAUCUGAUCCUACUGGUUCAGCACAAACUGCUCUUCUCAACUCACGAUCUUCAGCGAUUGGACGUUUUCGUGUGGAACGGUGCAUCAUUCGACAUCCGAAGCGAUAUCCCCUGUUACGUGGACGACGAGUUGAUGGAUAAUGAAGUAUCGUGCAUGUUGGACCUGUACCAGCCGAACGGUAUCGCCGGUUCAGCGAUCAUUCGACGCGGCAAGAAGGUAUCGAUGAUCGUUCCUCGCUUUCACGAACAUUCCACACUGUUUCACCUGCACAUCGAGAUGCUUUCCGCAGAACAUCCCAUUAGGCAGAAAACUCAGGAGAUGCGGGACACAAUCGAGGCCUUUACCAAGAUCAUCCAGUAUCAGGACGAAGUGAUCAACGAAGCUUUUGCGGCGGUCACCGAAACGGAUGCCUAUGACGUGCCACUGAUGGUGCUGCAAAACUGCUCCUUGGGUACCGUCCAAGCGGACUUGGUCGUACAGGAUUCGGAAUUUAAAUGGGUGGAUGGAAAGAUCAGGGUUGGGAAUAGAACGUGGACACACCGAGAUACGAGGAUCGACGUUCCGGCGAUUGCUCGGGAGAUUGAAUUGGAACAGAUGCGGUUGAAUGAAUUGGAACAGCAGUUGUCGUUCACGGUACGAAGAGACAACGAUAGCUUCUCGUUGGAUUUGGAACAACCGCUGUACGUUCAAGGCUGGCUCGAUGUGGGAGGAUCGCUGGUCACGGAUGACCUGUACGUGAGGCGAUUGGAGGAAGAUCCACCAACACUGCGAGUCCUGCGGCAAACGGAUAGCGCGAAGGAGCUGCGGGUGAAAGAUCUCAAGGUUCGUCAUCUGAACUUCGAAACGGUCAAUGGAAUUCCGGCGGGAGAUUUGGUGUUCAACACGGGUGAGAAGAUCGAACUGGCAAACAAACUGAUCGUGGAUAAUACGGUCGUAGCGCAGAAUGUGAUCCUUCCGAAGGGAGGAACGGUGAACGGGGUGGAUCUGAGCGAAUUGACGGUGUAUUUCAACUGUAAAAAUCGGCGGUGGUCUAAUCUGAAGUUCGAUUCGGUGGAAGUGGCGGAAGAUGUUCUGGCGCAGGAGACGAUUAAUGGGAUGAAGCUCGAUCUGGAGGACCUGGAUGCUCGCCUCCGGCAAGCAAGCGAUGACAAGCCGGACGUUUUGGUGGCGGAGAAACUGCAGCUGGAUGGAAGUUUGUACUUUCACAGUAUUAACGGAGUUCCGUGGAGUGACAUCAUUCAUCGGAUCGUGCUUAAGAAUAGGCCGAAUCGAUUGGCAGAUUUGAAGGUGAACGGAAGUUUGAUACUGGAGAACGAUAAUAUUACGGUGUAUCAUUUGAAUGGGUUGGCCUUCCCGAUGGAUUAUCUGCUGUCCAGCAGUCCGAUGGAGUCGAUCGUGACCGGGUACAAGCGGUUCGUGAAUGCUACAAACAUCGACGCCCUGGACAUCGAGCGGACCAUCAACGGCGUGGACCUCCGGGACAUCGUCACCCUGGACGACGACCAGCACAUCCCUGGCACCGUAACCAUCGGUGAGCUGCACGUAACCGAACGCCUCGAAGUGAAGGGAGCCAUCCGUGGUAAGCACCUGGACGAGUUUCUCGAUAACCCAACCCUGCUUCAGACGCCCCUCGUGAAAGCCGCUUGCCACUUCAAACAGCUCGUCGUAGAAGGACCGGUGAUCGUCCGGGGCCAGCUGAACGGUAUGGACGUGGACGCGACCCUUUCAGAUGUGGUCUAUGACACGGAACACACCGUAACGAUCGAGGCAUCCAAGCGGAUCGCUUCGGCCGAAUUCCGCGACAAGGUCACCAUCGGGACGAACAUGAUCAACGAAUUCACAUUGGAUCAAUUUGUGACACGAAGCACCGAACAGGAGUUGGAUGUUCGGGAGAUCAACGGCAACGUGUUCAUUCAUGACUUGAAGCUGGAUGGACAGUUCGAUGGGUUGAACGCAACGGCUUUGGACGUCAACUCGGUUAAGCUGUUCGGUGAUCAGUACACGGAGACAUCGCUGAUUUUCAAAAACCGCGAGAAUGCUCUCUAUCCGGACGUGGAAGCUAAAGAGUUGAAGAUCAUGAAGACAUUGAACUCAAAGACGAGGUCUGAAUAUUUGGACAUGGAACAGGAGGAGAUGGUAUUCUCCGGAAAGAUCACUCUGAACCAUUUGUUCGUGGACCACUUGCAGUUGAUGGGCUCGAGCCUGGAUGGCCCAUCGAAGAUGAUCAACCUGGUGCAUUUGCCAACAUUCGACAAACUACGGUUCAGCUUAACCAGAUCGCAACAGAUUACGGCUCCAUUCUACAUCGACAAACUGGUCGUGGGUAGUCAGAUUUCAACGGCCUACGUCAAUGGGCGCGACUUCCGAAGCUUGAAAGAGAGUAUCGAUCGGGUGGAUAACUUCAAGAGCCAUCUACUGCAGGGAAACAUUCCAAUCGAGAAUCUCUACGUCGGAGGCGAUCUGCAGGUCAACAUGCUGAACGAAGUAAACUUCGACGCACUACUCAAGCAGGUCAUCUGGUUGAACCGACCGAAUCGUAUCUCGGGAACUAUCCGUUUCCUAGAUCCUCUGGUGAUCGAGGGAAAUUUGACGGCCCGUGGUCUGGUGAAUAAUGCGCACUUUGGAGAAUUCCUGGCAGAUGUGGCUCUAAAGUCCUCAGGUGUUCCGGAGUUUUAUGGAAACAAUGUGUUCAUAAAUGGUUUGGUAGUAGAAGGGAACAUCGAUACGGAGAGUAUCAACAACAUCCACGUGAAUGAGCUUGCGUUGAGGAAUGAAACGAUCUACUUGCAAGGGGAAGUGGAAAUUCUUGGAGAUCUUUUCGUAGAUCAUCUGCAAAUUGAUGACCAGUUGAACAAAGAACCAAUUCAAAACACGCUGAACACUUACAGCUACGACGAAGCCAGGGACGUCCACAUGGUGAAAGGUGAUCUGUACCUGUACAAUGCCAAGAUUGACACGUUGCACAUCGCAGGAUCACUGAAUCAAAUCCCGAACGUAGACGCCCAUCUGGCGUCAUUGAUCAGAAAGAACCAGGACUAUAACUUCACCAAACCGUUACUGUUCAAGAACGAAGUCUUCUUCGAUCACGGCUUUAAUGUCAAGUUUUUGAACAAGAUGGACAUCUCAACUAUCCACGAGGACAUAGUGCGGAUUAACGGGGUGACCCCGGUAGAGAUUGCAGCAGAAGUGGUGGUGUUCGCCGAACCGAUCUACGCGGAGCACUUGACGAUCAAAGGGGAUAUGGUUGCACCAAAUCUAGUUGGAUGCAAUCCGGACGUGUGGAUGAACACAGGAGUCAUGAUCAACAGAGACGCGGAAUUCUACGCUAAAACCUUCUUCGCACCGGGAGCCUUCAAAACGGAUCAUCUUCGUGUGGAUUAUCUGAACGGUCAACCGAUAAACAACCUGAUCACGUUGAACACCGAUCAGACGAUCGAGACUACGCUGUUCAUCCACGAAAUGACCAUCACUCAACCGAUAGAGGUUGGCGGAUACGUCAGUGGAGUCAGCCUACCGUACGAGCGACAGAAUACGCUCAUGACCUACGGCAACCAGCGUGUCCGUCUGCCAACAGUCUUCCACUCGCUCAAGGUGCUGAAUUCUCUCACCCUUCCAUCGGUCCUGAACGGCAAGCCCUUUGGGCCACCCGUUGCCAUCGGACCGGAGAUGGUGAUCGAGUCACCCAUUUCGUUCCGACAUUUGAUCGUCAACUCAGUGGAAACGGAAGAUAUGAUCUCCGGUGUGGAUUUUAACCAAUGGUACGACAACAGUCUGUGGAGUAAGGGACGCGAUCAUCAGGAAAUUCACGCGACGGUCACAGCUCAAAAUGUCCGAUUCGAUGGGGACGUAGAAGGUAACGGUAAGAUCAACGGAGUUGACAUAAUGGACGUGGUCAAACGGAUGAAGGCUGCCAAGAAGAACGUGGAAGAUCAGCUACACGACUACCGAACGGAACUGCGAUCGUUCUGCUCCAACACCAAAAGCUUGGUGGACAAGACGCAGAGUCGGAUGUACUUCUUCAGGUACUUUGUACAGCGGCAGGUCAUCAACGAACACCUGCCGAUCGUAUCGUUCUUCUUCUUCGAUCAUCUGGGCUACCACUUCUUGGGAGUGAACAUGGGCUGUGAAAGUCACUUCUAUCAAUGGGAUCCGACGGGAAAGGCUUUUGUACCAAUCUUCAAAUUCUACACUGGGCUUGUCCAAGAAUGGAAGCAUGUGGUCAACGGGGAUGAAGCGGUCUAUUUGGUGACGCGAUCGCCUAGUGAACUCACGGAAUGCCAAGUCCUGGGUCUUAGCGUGUGGUUAUUCACCGGAGUACAGCUACAGCUGAUGUGGAAUAUGCCCGAUGCGGACUUGGUGCAAUCCGUAGCAGUAGACCCAGCGAAACCGACAAGUUUCUACGUGUUGAAGCCGGGCGUGGUGAUCGAGUAUGGAGUUGACGGCAGUACGCAGGAACAGUGGAAACUCCCGAAGACCGUUUCGGAGUAUGGUUUCGUGCCUAGUAAAGUUGGGUUGGGGUUGGCAUUGAGCGAUAGUAAAUUGUUGGUGUUGUUGUCUAACGUGGAAAACGUUAAACGGGUUGCUUCGAAUGGAUCCCUUGAAAUGGCACUGUUUUCGUCUCAGUCGCUGCACGAUCGCUUGGGAAAGACGUACCUUGAUAAGCUGCCAAAUUCGUCACGCAGUUUAUUGGAAAUCAGCGAAAUUAUUCAUCCGGAAAACCUAUCUCCUGUGGAAGGAGAUGACCAUUUCGGCAACGAUACGGUUAUUCACGUCGUAGAACCUGCCUCAGUUGACACGCCGAAUCCUCCGGUUAGCGAAGACGAAGCUAUCGCAGAGACUACAGUUGCCAGAGAUGUUCCGCAUGGCGGAAUCUUGACGGCAGACAAUCCGCACUUCCCUGAGAGAUCCAAGGGGGACGUGGUGGCGUUCCUAGCAGGCCCGCACAACAAGAAGCGUCAUCUGGUGGCUGUUUCCACCGUUGUUCAUACCGUCGUCCAGGGAGAUCAGGACGCGAUCAAGAUCUACUCCGAUAUCCAAAUGGGAAAGCUGUACCAAGUCCUACAGUGUCACCGUCCUUCGCACCUGACGGCCUUGGAACUCCGCGACGAGACGAUCCUCGCUUUCCUGGAGUUGCGGCAAACGGUCCAGAUCUACAUCUACCGCGGUAUGCAGGGAUUCGUUCGGCUCAGCAAUUUUAAACUUUCGUCCCCGGCGGUGCAGCUGGCGGGAGUUUCCCUACCGCAACCGUCGAUGAUCCGCUGUAAGCUGCACUACCUGGCGAUCGCUACCGAACAGCACGAAUUGAUCCUGCUCCGGGCCAAGACGCAGGGCCACUGCGGGCUGAUGGUCCACGUGGAGUGCGACGAUGUGGAAUGAUUCGUUUGUUUUGUAUAUGUGAUGUUGUGCAAUGUAGGUUGCAGUGAAUUGUUAUUGUUCAUGGUUUAUAAAAGUUUUAUAUAG